AUGAGUUAUACAUUUGCUCUCUUACGUGUGUAUAUAUCCUAUCUUGAUUCAGUACAUUACUUUCGACCAAAAGAAAAACGAACAACACUCUAUUAUGAAAUUCUUAUUGGUUAUCUUGAAUAUGUUAAACAAUUAGGAUUUAUUUAUGCACAUAUAUGGGCAUGUCCACCAAGUGAAGGUGAUGAUUAUAUAUUUCAUUGUCAUCCACCUGAACAACGUGUACCAAAACCAAAACGUUUACAAGAAUGGUAUAAAACAAUGUUAGAUCUAGCUAUGCAUCAACGAGUUGUUGUUGAUUAUAAAGAUAUAAUGAAAGAUUUUACUGAGAGUGCUUUAAAUAAAGCAACUGAUAUACCAUAUUUUGAAGGUGAUUUUUGGACAAGUACAAUAGAAGAUUUAAUUAAAGAACUUGACAUAGAAGAAGAAGAUAGACGAAAAUUUGUAGAACUUGAAGCAGUUAAAGUAUCUGAUGAUGGAUAUUUUGAUGAUUCAAUAGAAACAGAAGAACCAACUGAAACAUCCGAUAAACGUAAAUCAGGUGGUGGUACAACACAUAAAAAGAAGAAUUUCAAAAAGACAACUAGUCAACGUCGAAUAACUCGAAAAAAUAUGACAAAUGGAAGUGAUCUUAUUUCAAAGAUUUAUGCGAUGAUGGAAAAACAUAAAGAAUCAUUUUUUGUUGUUCGUUUACGUAAUCCAAUGUCAAUUCCAGCAACAUUAACCGAUACAGAUCCAUUAAUACAAUGUGAUUUAAUGGAAUCUCGCGAUGCAUUUUUAAAUUUUGCUCGUGAAAAACAUUGUGAAUUUUCUUCAUUACGUCGUGCAAAAUAUUCAACUAUGAUUUCAUUAAUUGAAUUACAUUCAUCAACAGCCGAUAAAAUUUCUUAUACAUGUAAUUCAUGUCGACAAUUAUGUGAUAUUCGAUAUCAUUGUACAGUAUGUGAAGAUUAUGAUUUAUGUAGUAAAUGUUAUACCACACUAAAACAUGAACAUCGUAUGGAACGUACAGAUGAUGCAAAUGAAACAAAAACAAAUUCAGAUGCAACAAUUAAUAUUCAACAACAAAGACAAUUAACAAUGCAACGAAUGUUAGAUGCUAUACGUCAUGCUGUACAGUGUCGAAAUGCAAAUUGUAUAUAUAAAAAUUGUGCAUUAUGUAAAAAGUUACUACAACAUACAAGAGAAUGUACGAAAGCAUCAAGAAGUCAAUGUCAACAUUGUAAUAAAUUUCUCUCACCUAUUUGGCUUCAUGCUAAAACUUGUAAUGAUCAAAAUUGUUUAUUACCUUUUUGUGCAAGUUUUAAAAGUAAAAUUCAACGACAACGUGCAGCAACUAUGCAAGCUGAUCGAAGACGUAUUAAAGCAAUGCAUCGAGCAAAAAUGGGACCAGGUCCAUCACCAAUUAAUUCACAAAAUUCUGAACCAACAACAUCUGGAAAAUAUCAUCAUUCAAUGGAAUCAGCCUCGCCAAAUUCAACUGGCAAAAUGAUGCCAUCAGGUGGUAAAGGUAGUAAAGGUGGUAAACCUUCAUCUAUGAGUGGAUUAGUUCGUACUAAUUUAUCACAACAAUUACCAGCUCAGCCACAGCAUCCUGUUUAUUAUAAUGGCGGCAAAGGUAAUCCAACUAAUGGUAAUAAUAAUAGUGGAUAUCCUAUGAUGAUGACGACACAUCCUCAACAAACAUCACAACAAUGGAUAUCAUCACAACAACAGAUUCGAUAUGCAUCACAUGGAGGAAAACCGAUGGUUUAUGGUCAACAAAGAAUGCCUUAUGGAGGUGACCCAUAUAUGAUGAGACAACAAGCACCACAAGUACCAUCAUCAUCAUCAUAUCCAUAUACAUCCAAUAUGGCUGCACAAGGUUAUUCAUAUUCUCAACCAAUGGAUAUCAAUACAUUAGGUACCGGAAGAAGUGGGAAACCGAUGUUAUCACAACAACAGCAACAGCCACAACAACAACAACAACCACAGCAACAAAUACCUAAUCGAUAUCCCAUGAAUUCAUAUUAUAGUCAACCUACACCAAUGCCAUAUCCACAACAAUCACAAAUUCCAUCAGUAUCACAUCGAUCUCUUUCACAAGGUACAACUCCUAAUUAUUCAGUAUCAUCAAACAGUGCAAUGAAUAAAUCAAAUUUAAUUGAUUCAAUGGAAAUAAAAACUGAAGAUAUUUUUGAUGAUCAAUCAAAAUUACAAACAUCUCAAUCACAACAACAACAACCAAUGUUUCAUCCAUUAUUACAAUCUUGCUCACGUCCAUCCUCAACAUCCUAUUAUCCAAAUAUGCCACAAACAAAUAAUACAUAUUAUACUUCACAACGUUCAAUAACACCAACAUCUGAUUAUAAUAUGUCUGUAGCACGUGGUAUUCGACUAACAUCUGUACCAACGAAUGCUUAUGGAACAUUAUCAGCUCAACAACGAAUUUUUGUUCCACCUUCAACAAGUGAUCUUACAACAGGUAUUAAUAAUAAUAAUAAUACAAUAGGACUUCAAUCAACGCCACCUCCAUCAUCUAUACCUCCUCAUUAA